GGCCAUGGCCCUUCCCGGCAUUCCCUAUGAGCGGCGCCUGCUCAUCAUGGCGGACCCGAGAGACAAGGCGCUGCAGGAUUACCGCAAGAAGCUGCUGGAGCACAAGGAGAUCGAUGGGCGCCUCAAGGAGUUAAGGGAACAACUGAAAGAGCUUACCAAGCAGUAUGAAAAAUCUGAAAAUGACCUCAAGGCUUUGCAAAGUGUUGGACAGAUUGUUGGUGAGGUUCUUAAACAGUUAACAGAAGAGAAAUUCAUUGUGAAAGCUACAAAUGGACCAAGAUAUGUGGUUGGCUGUCGUCGUCAGCUUGACAAAAGUAAGCUGAAGCCUGGGACAAGAGUUGCCCUGGACAUGACCACACUAACUAUUAUGAGGUACUUGCCAAGGGAAGUGGAUCCAUUGGUUUACAAUAUGUCUCAUGAAGAUCCUGGGAAUGUUUCUUAUUCUGAGAUUGGAGGGUUAUCGGAACAAAUCAGGGAGCUAAGAGAGGUAAUAGAGUUACCGCUUACAAAUCCAGAAUUAUUUCAGCGUGUGGGAAUUAUACCUCCAAAAGGCUGCUUGCUGUAUGGCCCACCAGGUACUGGGAAAACACUACUAGCCAGAGCUGUUGCAAGCCAACUGGACUGCAAUUUCUUAAAGGUCGUGUCUAGUUCUAUUGUAGACAAGUACAUUGGUGAAAGCGCUCGGUUGAUCAGAGAAAUGUUCAACUAUGCCAGAGAUCAUCAGCCAUGUAUCAUUUUCAUGGAUGAAAUAGAUGCUAUUGGUGGCCGUCGUUUCUCUGAGGGAACUUCAGCUGAUAGAGAAAUUCAGAGAACCCUAAUGGAGUUAUUGAAUCAAAUGGAUGGAUUUGACACUCUGCACAGAGUUAAAAUGAUCAUGGCUACAAAUAGACCAGACACUUUGGAUCCUGCGUUGCUGCGUCCUGGAAGACUGGAUAGAAAAAUCCAUAUUGAUUUACCCAAUGAACAAGCCAGAUUAGAUAUAUUGAAGAUUCAUGCAGGUCCUAUCACUAAACAUGGUGAAAUAGAUUAUGAAGCAAUUGUGAAGCUUUCAGAUGGCUUUAAUGGAGCGGAUUUGAGAAAUGUCUGUACUGAAGCAGGUAUGUUUGCAAUUCGUGCUGAUCAUGACUUCGUAGUUCAGGAAGACUUCAUGAAAGCUGUUAGAAAAGUAGCUGAUUCUAAGAAGCUGGAGUCUAAACUGGAUUACAAACCUGUUUAAAUUAACCACAUAGUUAAUGAUUGACUGCACAGGAGAUAUUGGAUUAAUGUAUAGAAGAAGAGAAAUAAUGUACCUCUUGGCUAUGAUCUUAUUACAAGUGUAUGUAUAACACCAUAAGCAAGUAAUUGAUGCUAGUUACAAGUCAGUUACAGAAGUGUGUUCUGUACAGUUCUGAAAAUGUGGCAUUCAUUGCAGCCCAAGUUAAGGAGCGAGAUGUGUUCUCAUAACAAUUACUGUGUGAAUUUAUAAACAUACCCAAAUGGUUGAACUUAGCAAAUUUUAAGAAAGUCAGUGCAUUUCCUGGCAUUUUAUAUCAUUUUCCUUUAAACAGUUGAAUAAAACUUCUUUAAGUCUUU